UCUUGGCUGUCAAGAAAUGCAACUGUGUAAAACAUCUCAAAAUAAUCACCACAGGAGUGUGAUCACGGACCACCUGACUGCGGUUCAGAAGACUCGCGGCGGAAGUUGAGCUUGUAACUAGGGCCCGACACCUUGUUUACAUCCGGUCGCUAAAUAUAGACACACCUUGCGUCCCGGUAUCUGGGUAUUGAUCUCAUAGCCACACCGCCAGCUAAUGUCUGCAGGAAAACACCAUCAGCCUUUCAACCUGUUCGAACUUCCUCCGCUUGGAUAAUAUGUUUGGGUCCUUGUUUGUGAAAUGAAGUUUUAAAGAUACUCAGCUCGCCGGGUGGUCGAGCGGCUUGCAAUGGACUUGACGCAAUUAAUUUCAAAAUUUAAAAACGAAAACUAUGGUGGGCACGGGAGUAGUCCCUAAAGACGAAAUGUACUUCGAUUAACAUCGGAGAAGUAAGCAGAACUUCGAGGAGGAGAAGGGCACAGAUUUCACUGAUUGUAUAAUUGCUCUUCAGAGAGAGCAGAAUUGAUUGAACAAUCAUGCCAAUAAAGGAUCCACGCAGUUAUGUUCAGUCAAAACCAUUGCCCAUCAGCCCUCAGAAGGGACUGAAGAUUCAAGCUCGCAGCUUUGAAGUCUACAAUCCCACAGAUCCUUCACGAUCAGUGGUACGGAGCCAGAAUUAUUUGCGGCGUUCUGCACAAUUGUCAAGUCAAGGGUUUCGUUCCGUGAACUAUGAACCUUAUCAUGGAAUUGGUGAUCCUUUUUAUCUGGACCAUAAGAAAAUGAUUCUUCAUGCCUUGGGACAGUGGGAAGAGAGUCAGGAAUGGGAAACAUCCAGUAGUUCAGAUGAAGAUGAUUCCACUGCAGAUCCUUUAUCAAUUCAGCAAGGUCAAAUGACUGCUGCUAAAUUUGUCUUGCGAAGAACACGGAAAGAUCUGAAUACGCUGAACAAGGAAGUUUUAAAAUGGAGAAACACUAUCAGAAAUGUCAGACUUGGUCAUGGGUUAUUUGAUCUCAUUCGGCAAGAACGCAUAGCAAAGAGAGUGGCAGCCAUGGCUGACAAGCAGAAAAAAAUGGAAGAAGCACGGAAUACUUGGCAACCGCCCAAGCGUGACAGUGAUAGUGAAGAGGAGAGUGAUGAAGAUACAGUUGAUAUGGACUUUGAUAGGUUUUCUCCAUUACCAGAUGAUAAUUCCACUCAAAUAGUUCCUUCACGAACAAAAUCCACUUCUCGGCCCAAAAAGAAGAAAGGCACAAUACCUAGGCCCUUCACACCAAAGCAUAGCAAUCUGUGUGAAAUUGGUGACAGUUCAGAGGAUAUUUCAAAGAAUGCUUUGUUUCGACAACUUUGUGUGCUGAACUGGAUUCUGGAUGCAAUGAACAUUGAGCCUGGCUACACAAUGUCAUCUAUAAUGACAUGUUGGAGUCACAAUGAGAUUGGAGGUUUGAAGAUUCCUUUGAAAAGAGCUCAACAGGAAAAGCAGGCUGAGACCAAAUGGGAAAGAUUUCUCAGUACACCCAUGCCAGGCAAGUUUAAAAAGUUCAGUUCAGCGAGGGGUGGUCGUUUCCCAAGACCCAGCUUGCGUCAUCUGAGCAAUCCACGCACCUCCCUUCAGUCCACGUCUCCCACACCUUCAUCAAGUUCCUCAGCUCUCAAUCUUGUUCCUGGCUUUGGUGCAUCUGUGACUUCCACCACGACUAGCGCUGUGCCACGAGAAGACACUAUUCUUGAAGAGGCAUCAUUAUCCACAACACCACUGCCCAUGGAAGCAGAAGAUGAAGCGUGGGUGGACACUGCACAAAGCAGAAGUAUGUUCAAGUUUCUGGAUGAAUACUAUGACAGUCUUCCAUCAGAGACUCGUGUGGAGGAAGAUGGACGGCAAGGACCAGAUGCCUCACAGUCUGGCAACCCAAACACAGCAUCAGAGGCUCAAGAAAAAAGUACUAAUGCAGAUAAACAAGCUAAAAAGCAUCGCAAAAAAUCCAGAGAGAGGGAAAAAACUCCUGAUAAACUGGCAUUGUAUGACAUGCAGGAAGCCCUUGGUGUCCCGCGAGGUUUGCGUGCUGAUAAGGUUGUAAAGCCAAAGCCGUCACCAGAGCUACUGGAGUUUCAUGAAAAGAAACCAAGCAAUAAAUACCAAAUGCUGAGUGCCGACUUAGCCAGCCGCUUCAAAGAAGUGCAGGAUGACAAAGCUAUGACCUUGCAUGACAUUCUAGAGCAGAUGGAAAGGGAGCGUCUGGCAAAGUGUCAGAGUAGGUUUGUGUCUAUGCAGACUCACAGCAAUAGUGUGUAUCGAGCUCUGGAAGCCAUGCGUCGCGAGAGGGAGAAAAUGCUCCAAAAGCCAAAUGAGGAGCAGAUGCGGCGUAAAAUCAUCAAUUCGUGGUACACAGAACUGAUACAAAAUAUUCCAACAAGACUGCGUUCUGCAUGGUAUUACAACACUAUCCUGAAUAAACUCUGCAAAUAUGGCCUGGUGGAAAGCACUUCCAAACAAUCUGUGUACAAGUUCCUAAAAGUGCUGGAGGGACUGCGUGAGUGGGAUUGUUCACCUGAUAUUGCUGCAGCCAUUGAGUUCUGCAGGGAGAGAAUUGGAUUAUCCGUUGAAGAGUAUGAGGAGUGGUUUAGUUCUGUAUUCCCUCGCAUCAACCGGCCCCAGACAGCACCAGCUGCCAUCCGUACAGAGAAGAAAGAAGCUGCAGAUCAUAGUAGGGCAAGUUGUAAUUCUGCAGGGGUUGGGAAAGGAGUUACCAGACAAACACGAUCAGCAUUUGUUAGUCGUUCACAGAGAUGAUGACAUAGACUGUUUAGUUAGCUAAAAAUUGAUCGUUGUAUGAUUUUGAUUUAUCUUUUUCCAGCUAAAAAAAAAAAAGAGAUUUUCUGCUUUUCCAAAAUGUCACCCUUGAACUCCUUCAUGAUCUAAGGAAUUUUUUUUUUUUUGUUGUUCGCACGUUAUUAGCAUUGAAUUGCACUCAUCGUUAUAUUCAUAUAGCAUUAAGAGUUUCAUCUCAUGGAUGAAGAAUACCAUUGUAACCUUUAUUAAAUGUAUGCGUUAUGGAUCAAGUAAAACCAUAAAAGGAAACAUGAUACCAGUGAUAUGUCAUUCAUCUGUGAUAAAUUCUCUUACUGCAACUCAUUGUUAAGUUUAAAUGUGUUUACUAGAUUAUGGAUUGUGACAAACUGGUCAGAUAUUCGUAGAAGACAGGGUCAACAUGCAUCAUUUUAAAUGUCUCUCAAAAUCUGUUUGUUUCUCUUCUCCUCUCCAACUUUCCUUGCAGUAUUGCAGUUUUACAAAUUCAUUUACCCAAAAUACAUCACCAAUAUGCAAAUGGACAGGGUAUUUUCAUUUUUAAAAAUUGUAGUCAUCUGAACUUUGUUUCAUGUACGUUUUGUCACAUGUUUUGCAGGCUAAUAUUUACAACCGCACCAUGCUAAUAAAACAAAUUUUCAAACCAUC